AUGCUGGUGAAGGCGGAGGUCCUGGCGGCGCCCGCCGAGGACGAGCUGCUGCUGCUGGGGCUGGGCUCGCCCGCCCCCUCGCCCUCGCUGCCGUCCAGCGCCGAGGAGGAGGAGGAAGAGGAGGAGGAGGAGGAGGAGCUGCGCGCCGCCCCGCCGGCUCGGCCCGUCGAGGCUCCGGGCGGCCGCGGGCUGCGGCGGGCGGAGGGGAAGCGGCGGCCGGGGCGGUCCCGCGGCGCCCCGCGGGCGGCGCGCACGGCGGAGACGGCGCAGCGCAUCAAGCGGAGCCGGCGGCUCAAGGCCAACAACCGCGAGCGCAACCGGAUGCACAACCUGAACGCGGCGCUGGACGCCCUCCGCGACGUGCUGCCCACCUUCCCCGAGGACGCCAAGCUCACCAAGAUCGAGACGCUCCGCUUCGCCCACAACUACAUCUGGGCGCUCACCGAGACCCUGCGGCUGGCCGGGGCGGCGCGGCUCGGCCCCGACGGGGCGGCGGCAGCGGCGGUCCCCGCCGAGGGCAGCCCCUCGCCCGCCUCCUCCUGGAGCGGCGGCGCCGCCAGCCCCGCGCCCUCCGCCUCCCCGUACGCCUGCACUUUAUCGCCCGCCAGCCCCGCGGGCUCCGCCUCGGAUCCCGAGCACUGGCCCGGCCGCUUCGCCCCGGGGCCGCCGCCGCCGCUGCCCCGCCGCUGCCUCUAG